GUUACCUUAUGCUCACCACUCUCUCUCUCUCUCUCCCCUUUCCCUCACUCACAGAGAGACUGUAACAAAGAUUUUGUUGGUGUGUGUGAAUGAAUUUGCUUUUUAUGUGAUAGUAGUUUGUAUAUACGAAGUGAGCACCCCCAUAACCUCUGCCAUAUUUGCAGCCGCAGUAGUAGUUGCGUAGAUCAUCAUCACCACAUCUCUGCCUAGCUCCCUCUCACACUUCUUCUCUCUCUAAUUAACCCAAAUUAUUAAUACGAACGAAGUUGAUUAAUUAAGCUUUGCGAGUUUUUCAGAGCUAUUUCUGGGUUGUGACUAUGGCGGAAGGGUUUGAGCCGUACCAUGUCCCGCAACAAAGCAGAAGAGAUAAGCUUCGAUUCCUGGCUCUAAACCACUCCGGUACUGGUUCUGUUGAUUCAGCCUUACUUCCCCUCUACGAUCCUUCACUACUCUCUUCCGAUUUGCUAAAUUGCGCCAACAACCACAGCCCUCCAGUUGGAGUACUGAAAGAGGGAGUGGUGAAUGGUAAUUUGAUGGGUUUUGUUUCUUCAACUUCACAACACCACCCAUAUUUGGAUCCCCAAUCUUCACUCUCCAUAAACCCAUAUUUUUAUCCCUCUCAGCAGAAUUUUCAAAACCUGAGAAGUAAUUAUGACCACCAGUCAUAUAAUGGCCAUGGUGAUCAGGUUGUACUGUACAAGCCUGAACCAUUAUCUUUGACUCAUCAGGUCUGUACUAGUACUACCAGUACUGGUCAAGGCUUGUCUUUAUCUCUUUCUUCUCACCAUACCAAUCUUCCUCUAGAGCUCAAUUAUAUGGUUCCUGCUGGUACUGUUGGUGGUGGCGUCGGCGGAAGUGGUUCUACUUCUAAUGAGGUUUCUAGAAGUUCUGUUCCUCUCGGGCCGUUUACUGGUUACGCUUCUAUUUUGAAGGGGUCGAAAUUCUUGAAGCCUGCACAGCAAUUGAUGGAGGAGUUGUGUGAUGUUGGUCGUACAAUUUAUGCCGAAAAGAUGGCCACCGAUUCGGCUCUGAUGGAACCUUCGAUGGAUAGUUUGAAUGCUAGUGGGGAUCUGCUUAGUUGUGUCGAUGACAGCGAGAAUCGGCAGAAGAAAUCCACGCUACUAUCAAUGCUAGAUGAGGUUUACAGGAGGUACGAGCAAUACUAUCAACAGAUGCAGGCAGUGGUGGCAUCAUUUGAAUACGUAGCUGGCCUCAGCAAUGCAGCUCCUUAUGCUAACUUGGCUUUGAAAGCCAUGUCUAAACACUUCAGGUCCUUGAAAAAUGCCAUCACUGAUCAGUUUCAGUUCAACAAUAAGGCCCAAGGUCCAAUAAGCCAUGGUAAAGAUGAAGCCCCUCGGUUCAGGAACUCUGAAAGAGGCAUUUAUGGCCAGAGGCCCAUUCACAACUCAGGAUCACAUGAUCACCAACCUGUUUGGCGACCCCAAAGGGGGCUUCCCGAACGUGCUGUAUCUGUUUUAAGGGCGUGGUUAUUUGAACACUUCCUGCAUCCUUAUCCUACUGACACAGACAAGCUAAUGUUGGCCAAACAAACCGGUCUAACUAGGAGCCAGGUCUCUAAUUGGUUCAUCAAUGCAAGAGUUCGGCUCUGGAAGCCAAUGGUUGAGGAAAUACACAUGCUAGAGAUGCGGCAAGCUCAGAAGGUUUUGCAAAGAGAGGAACGAAAUGCCAACAGGGCAAGUGAUCAUAAUAAUAUAGCUUCAUCGAACUCGCUUGUGUCAGAAAAUCCAUCCACAUCCACCCAGAGAAUUCAUGACAACCCUCCUUCAAAACAUAGUAGAGAUCAUGAUCUUCCGCUAGUACCUGCAGGGAACGGGGAGGCACUGAACUUGUCUCACCAUAAUUUAUCGAGCCAUCAACAUAUGGGUGUCAGUGUAGGCAUGGCAGGUGGUAGUGUUGUGUCCCUAACACUUGGUCUCCACCAGAAUAAUGGCUUUGGUUUAUCGGAGUCUUGUCCUAUAAAUGCAGCUCAACGAUUUGGUCUCGAGGGAAGUAAUGAGGGAUAUGUUACGGGUAAUUUUGAAGUACAAGAUCGACACUUCGGAAGGGGUGUUAUUGGUGGGCAACUUCUGCAUGAUUUUGUUGGCUAGCCAUAGCCGAAUGUGUUUAGGAUAUCCAGAGGGUGUUGGGGGGAAUCAUGAGAGUGUUCAAACGAAUUAUCUAUGUGUAUUGGUUGCAAGAACAACCAGGUUGGCAGCUGAAGGCCAGGGUCGAAUGGUCUGAGCCCCAGGAGUUGGUGUAAUAUGGUACUGGAUAAAGGUGCAGUGCAUGUGAGAUCUUAAAUAUGAUCAUGCAAGAAGGAUCAUGAAAGAUUGAUGUAAAAUUUUUCUGUAUAUCUACAAAAUUUUAAAUUGUUUAGAAAUGAUAUAUAUGAUCAUCAAUAGGCCAGUUAACUAAAAAUUUGGACUGGCUCUAGAUUGACUCCAAUUUUGAACUUUCUAUAUGUUUGAUAUUGCAGCAUACAAUUUGUAGGGGUGGACGUAGAAAUUUAUGUUAUGGUGGGUAACAUCAAGUGGGGUCUGUUCUUGG